CUCCAUUCCUUCUUGGCUGUGCUGCUAUUUGUCAUGCACAUACAUAUAUAGUUAUAUACUCCAUAAAGAGUUUUGUUCAAAUUAUGUUGACAUCGCGCAUAUAUGAUGUUUGUAAAUAUUAAUUAGGUUGCAUCAUAUCAAGUCGUAUAUCUGCGAUUAUUACGAAAUGUCUACACUGCCAAACAUGAAUACGCCGAUGAAUCUCAGAAAACACAGUACUCAUUGUCAACCAGAUGUUCAUAAGAUGGUUUGUGUUGAGCGAACACAAGGAGAUGGCAUGGAAAAUGUGACAUUAGAUAAAGUUGAGACCAAGCAAAGUAGGAGUCGUCUGGGAGAUACUCUUAUUUAUCAUCCUACAAACUUAAAGCAAUUGGGAUCAACACCUCCAGUCGUGCCUACUGGUACAAUAGUAAACCUAGUGCCAAAGAACAUUAGUAAUGUAAAGCAAGAGAAGCAUAUUCUGCAUCCCUUAAAAUCAAAGGAACCAAAAUUUGUGCCAUACGAACCAUAUAAGGCAGCUGUUAACCCAAUAGUACCAUUCGAAAAAAAGAACAAAAGACUGCUUAGGAAGGAGUCAAGUGUAAAAACCACUAUCGCACAAGUGGCUGCAAUGAAGAUUCAAGAGUCUGACACAAAAGCAAAGGAUUCUACAAAAGAGGAUGAGAAAAAAAUAUUGGAGAAUGAAUGGGAAAGUGAAAAAUGUGCGUAUGAGGCAGAAAUUCGCAAACUCAAGGAGGAGAACAGUCAGCUGGAAACUCAGUUAAAAUUUCAAGCACAAGUUAAUGGUGAAUUGAAGAAUUUAUUAGUUGCUGCAGUGGGAGAAGAUCUUGAGACAAGAGUUCAUCUAUUGACCGAAGACAAAUUACAACUUGCUCGUGCUCUCCUGAAUUCGGCUCAGCAUUUAACUACACACCAAGAACAAACAGAAUGGCUUGCAGGCCAAUGUGAAGUUUGGAGAAGUAAAUUUCUAGCUAGUAGUUUAAUGGUGGAAGAUUUAGCAAGAUGGAAAGCUGCACUCUGUCAAAGAACAACAGAACUGCAAGAAUCUAUGAAACGAUUGUUAGAAGAACAUAACGUUAUUCGUGAUACAUCGCUUAAAACAUAUAGGAUGCUUACAAUUCUGCGAGAAAAAUUCGAUCCGAUAGGCACGACAUCCGGCAAGAAGCACGAACUGGCUAGCACAAAUAUCGUAGAUCUCACACAGGGAUGUUGUCAACUCGCCGAAAUUCUAAAAAUCAGUCUACUCAGCGGUGUUCCGGAUGUCGAGUUACGGAAAGAGAUCAAUAUAACUGGUUUAGAUAUGAAAACGCUCGCAGAACACAAUGCGGAAAGGUUGCUGAUGAAUCAAAAGUUACCAAUGUCAGGAAGAGAGGACAUUGCCUGCUCCGCUGUAAUGGGCGCGGCAGUUGCAGUUGGUGGGCAAAUGUUUCUUCCACGAUGUGACAUUAAAAAUAUGACAUGUUGUCCACACUGCAGUGGCGAGAUUAAACAAAUUUAAAAAUAGUUCUACUUUUAUAUCUUCUAUUUGAUGCUUUUUGUACUAAAUAUAUUGAAUAUUUUCAUCUCAUAUCUAAUGUUUAUA